AUGGAUACAACAGCAGAUGUAAAAACUCCAUCCUCAACUUCAAGACAUUACUUUUACAGAAAGGCGACACAACCUGAUCAGGCCAUCUUUCCUAAUAAUAUCAAUAAUGUCUUUUUAAAUGGAAUAGAUACUGCAAAUGCGUUUGAAAGUAGAAUUAAUGAUUUUUUACAAAAAGACUUGAUACAACAUGCAGUUGAAAAAAUUAGAAAAGAUGCAACUCAUGACUUGAUUCGCCGUAAAGCAGAUAGAAAAGCAAGAAAAGAACGAGAGGAACAUAAUGCCAACCAUCAUUCGAAAUCAGAUAAAUCAACAAAUACAGUAAAUGAGAAUGCAAAAAUAGCUAUAGAGACUGAUAUUCCCUCAGAAGAGGAUAACAAUUUAAAAAAAUCUACGCCUCUUUUCGAAAAGUUAAAUAUUUUAUCAAAUAUUGAACAAAGUGCCUGGUUAGCAAACAUUCAUGAUGAUGCUUUAUUAAUGAAUCCUCAUCAAUGGCUCAAAUUAGCUAGUUUAUUUAAUGUCAAUUCAAAAGUUUCUAGACAACAGACUUUAUUAGACAUUGCAGGCUUGGAUGAAGUACUUAAAGACAGGUCUAUUAAUGAAGACAACAUUGGACGUUUAGAGAAUUAUUUAGAAUUACGUGACAUUCAAAAUAGAAAUUAUGCAAGAGAUGCUGUGGCGGAAGGUGUAAAGCUUAUUAAGCAAAAUCGAGUGAAAGAAGCAAUGGAAUUUUAUAAAAGAGCAUUAGAUAUGGAUCCUAAAUAUGCUGAAGGAUGGUUCCAUGUUGCUGAAGGACUUGUACAACAAAGAAAACUGACAGAAGCAGCCGAUCAUUUGGAACGCGUAUUAAAAUUAGACCCUAUACAUGAGGGAGCAAAGGCUCUAUUAGCUAGUAUUCAUCAUACAACAAAUACUAAAAAAGUAACAGUAGGCGAUGAAUGGGAUCUUGUAGAUGAGCGUGGAGAAUCAAUUAAUAAAAAGGCAUCAAAGAAAAAAUCAUCUAAAAAACAUAAUGAUUCGGAUAUUUCAGAUAAUGAAUCAGAAUCAAGCACUCGAAAAAAGAAAAAAUCAUCCUCUAGAAGAUCACGAUCAAGGGAAGAUUCAAGUCGAAGAAAACGAGAUCGAGAUGAUAGACGACGCUAUCACUCUAAAGAUGGACGAAGAAGUAGGACAUCGAGAAGCCCACGUGUAUCAAAUCGCGAGCAUAGUAGUAGAAGGAAUGAAUCCAUAAAAAGGCAUCAUUCAAGCGAUAAUCAUGUUGAAAAUGAUAAAAAUAAGAUUAAAACUAAAGAUGAUCAUAGACACAGAUCAAGAAGCUCUCAUGACAACCAUACAUCAACUAGAUAUUCCAGAGAUCGUAGUCAAUCUUAUGAGCGUAGAUCUAGCAAAGAUAAAGCUCGUAAUAGUCAACGUCGUUAUAGAGAUUCCAGUCGUCGUCGACAUUAUAGUGAAGAUUCUGAACGUAGUUCUUCUCGUACUCGUAGACGUCGAGAUGAUAAAAGAGAAGAACGCAUCGAUAAACAUGAAUCAGAAGAUACAAAGGAAAAUAAUAAAACAAAUAAAAGUGUGACAUCAAAUGAUAAUGAUCACAAAGAGAACAUAGCAAAACAAAAUGAUAAAGAAAGGGAGAGGGAAAGGAGAAAGGACAGCUCUAAAUUAGAAAAAGCGACUAAUGAUUUGAAAAACACGAAUGAAAAAGCAGUAAAGGAUGAGCAUAAAUCAAGGUCACCAAGCCGUAAUCAUAGACGAAGAAGAUCGUUAACUCCUAAAAAAAGUAGCCAUAGAAAACGUUCUAAUUCACCAAAACGUGAUCAUAGAAGACGCUCAAAUUCACCAUCAACUAGAAGAAGAGAUAGUAAAAGAAAACGUUCUCCAUCUCCCAGGAAAAGACAAGAUGAGAAUAAAAAGAGGAGACAUACAGAAUCACCUUCUAUAGAUGAAAAUAAAAGAAGAGAGAGAUAUAAAGACCCAAGAGAUGAACAUAGUAGUAGGAGUAGCAGAACAAAACUAAUAGAUGAAAAGCAUUUAUCAAUGACUAAGAGCUCUAGUAAAAGAAAUGAGGAAUCUAGAAAAGAUACAUCCUCUCCAAAAAAACAAAAGGAAAAAGAUAUGAUAUUAACAAAUUAA